AUAGCCCGGCCGCUCGCAGUCGUCAAGUGUUAGCAAUUCAAAACAGGUCGCCAUCCAUCCGAUACCGUAUUUAUUCAGAAUCGUCGCUGCGUGGACAAUAUGGAGCCCUGGUUUACAUCCCUGUAUAUUGAACAGGGAUGUUGAUAUAAAGCAUCUGUAGACGUUGUCUGUCCUCCAUAACGGUUUGACGUCGUACCAUCAUGGACUCUCUAGGCUACGCCUCCUACGAAACGCCUUGGACGGUAAAAUUCCGCUCCUUCCUGGCAAGCUUUAGCGACGUGUUCAGUAAUUUCGGCACCCACAUCGGAGAAUCCUACAACCAUGAUCGCUGCUACAGGUCCGUACAGAUGCGGUUGUACACCCUCAGUAAGCGACAGUUUGUGCUGGUGUUCGCCGGGUUCUUCAUGUGCUUCGCUGUGUCCGUGUUUAUCGGAGUGGCAGGUCCACCUAUUGUGACGGAGCAUGAUGUGAAUGCCUCCACACUUCAGUCACCAAAGGUGGAAAACUUAGCGACUGGACCGUUCCAGUUACGAACACCAACCCUGUCCACCUUCAACCAACAACUGUGGCUAACAUCCAAGAUAUUCAUAAAAAAUCCCAAAGGUGACACUAUCAAGACCAGGUUCACCAUGAGUGUUGUAGUGGAAGGCCAAGUUGCCGACUCUUCAGUCCUGGUGACAGGAGACAGAACACACAACCACUCCAGAACACUGCACUGUAACAAGGACACGUGUAAUGACCUUGUAAUCCUACACCUGGGAUAUCUGGACUUCACCACGUACCUGGUCAGGGUCGUGUUCUUUGGGAUAUCAUCAGACAAGUACCCGGUCACGGAGGUAGAGUUCUCGUUCAAGAUGUACAACCCAACCUUCACCCAACUGGAGAUUUGGUUCAGAUUUGUCUUCCUAGUGCUUACAUUCAUGGUCACGUGCGUCUUUGCCCACUCUUUGAGGAGGUUCUCCAUACGUGACUGGUCCAUCGAACAAAAAUGGAUGUCUAUCCUGCUGCCACUGCUCCUGCUGUACAACGACCCCAUCUUCCCGCUGACCUUCCUGGUGAACAGCUGGGUGCCGGGGAUGUUUGACGCCGUGUUCCAGGCCUCCUUCCUCUGUGCACUCCUGCUGUUCUGGCUCUGCGCUUAUCACGGCAUCAGACAGUAUGAGCGGAGAUUCAUGACAUUCUACGUGCCCAAGGUUCUGAUUGUUGGGCUCCUGUGGAUCUCAGCAGUUACACUCGCCUCCUGGCAGGAGUAUAACGAACUCCAAGAUCCAACAUAUCAGUACAAGGUGGACACAGUCAACUUCACAGGGAUGCAGAUUUUCUUCUUCGUGAUUGGUUCGGUGUAUCUGCUGUACCUGUUGUACCUGAUCGUCCGUGCCUUUAGCGAGCUGCGUGCCAUGCCAUACUUCGACUUGAGACUGAAGUUCCUGACAGCUUUGAUGUUUGUAGUGCUGGCCAUCAGUAUUGCCAUUACUGUGAUGCGGUUUGGGACAGGAGUACUACAGGACAACUUUGUCGCUGACUUGGCCACACACUACAAGAACUCUGCAGAGUUCCUGUCGUUCUACGGCCUGCUAAACUUCUACCUGUACACCAUGGCAUACGUGUACUCUCCUUCCAAAAAUGCCCUGCAUGAAUCCCACUUCAAAGACAACCCUGCAUUCUCCAUGCUGAAUGACUCAGAAGAUGAAGUCAUAUAUGGGAGUGACAAUGAAAGGAACGAGGAGAGAACCCGCCUGACCAAACCUGUGCCAGCAUACCAGGACAGCGACUCGGACUAAACAUGACAGCACCAGUCUUCUCUUUAGUUAGGCCACGCUGACUUAAUUUUAUGGAUGACAUCCUCUGAAGACCCCCAAACUAGUGCGCAAGGGCCAAUAAAAAAAAUUCAGGCCAAAAA